UCUUCGGAUGGGUCCUGGGGAAGAAAUUCCCCAAUUGUGCUUUUCCGAUCUCUGGUUUGGGGGAGGAUCUUGGAUUUCCAGGACUGGACCCCAGUGGAAACCGGGCUAGGCUCCCAGCGGGAGAGGAAGUCCAGUGAAGACCGAAAGUGGGGCCCGAUCCCCAGGCCUGCUCCCUGGAGGCUGUGGGACCUUGGCGCCCGCAGCCCGAGGCUCUGCUCCCCGGGAACGUCGCGCUUCGGCGUUGGGGCAGUGACGCUUUCCGCUGCCCCGCCCUCCUACUUCAGAGGCUUCACGUUAAUUGCCCUCAAGGAGAACCGAGAGGGUGACAAGGAAGAGGACCAUGCCGGGACCUUCCAGAUCAUAGAUGAAGAAGAAACCCAGUUUAUGAGUAACUGCCCUGUGGCAGUCACAGAAAGCACCCCCCGGAGGAGGACACGGAUCCAGGUGUUUUGGAUAGCGCCACCUGCAGGAACAGGCUGUGUGAUUCUAAAGGCCAGCAUUGUACAGAAGCGCAUUAUUUAUUUUCAAGACGAGGGCUCUCUGACCAAGAAACUUUGUGAACAAGAUUCCACAUUUGAUGGGGUGACUGACAAACCAAUCUUAGACUGCUGCGCCUGUGGAACUGCCAAGUACAGACUCACAUUUUAUGGGAAUUGGUCAGAGAAGACACAUCCAAAGGAUUACCCUCGUCGGGCCAAUCACUGGUCUGCGAUCAUUGGUGGAUCCCACUCCAAGAAUUAUGUGCUGUGGGAGUAUGGAGGAUACGCCAGUGAGGGCGUCAAACAAGUUGCAGAAUUGGGCUCACCAGUGAAAAUGGAGGAAGAAAUUCGACAACAGAGUGAUGAGGUCCUCACUGUCAUCAAAGCCAAAGCCCAGUGGCCGGCCUGGCAGCCUCUCAAUGUGAGAGCAGCGCCCUCCGCUGAGUUUUCAGUGGACCGGACACGCCACUUAAUGUCCUUCCUGACCAUGAUGGGCCCGAGUCCUGACUGGAAUGUAGGCUUGUCUGCAGAGGACCUCUGCACCAAGGAAUGCGGCUGGGUGCAGAAGGUGGUGCAAGACCUGAUUCCCUGGGAUGCUGGCACCGACAGCGGGCUGACCUAUGAGUCACCAAACAAGCCCACAAUCCCCCAGGAGAAAAUCCGGCCCCUGACCAGUCUGGACCAUCCCCAGAGUCCUUUCUAUGACCCGGAGGGCGGGUCCAUCACUCAAGUAGCCAGAGUUGUCAUCGAGAGAAUCGCCCGGAAGGGGGAACAAUGCAAUAUUGUGCCUGACAAUGUUGAUGAUAUUGUAGCAGACCUGGCUCCAGAAGAGAAAGAUGAAGAUGACACCCCUGAAACCUGCAUCUACUCCAACUGGUCCCCGUGGUCAGCCUGCAGCUCUUCCACCUGCGAAAAAGGCAAAAGGAUGCGGCAGCGCAUGCUGAAGGCACAGCUGGACCUCAGUGUCCCCUGCCCAGACACCCAGGACUUCCAGCCCUGCAUGGGCCCCGGCUGCAGUGACGAAGACGGCUCCACCUGCACCAUGUCCGAGUGGAUCAUCUGGUCACCCUGCAGCAUCUCCUGUGGCACCGGCAUGCGGUCCCGGGAGCGGUAUGUGAAGCAGUUCCCAGAGGACGGCUCCGUGUGCACGCUGCCCACCGAGGAAACCGAGAAAUGCACAGUCAACGAGGACUGCUCUCCCAGCAGCUGCCUGAUGACCGAGUGGGGCGAGUGGGACGAGUGCAGCGCCACCUGCGGGAUGGGCAUGAGGAAGCGGCACCGCAUGGUCAAGAUGAGCCCGGCGGACGGCUCCGUGUGCAAGGCUGAGACCACGCAGGCGGAGAAGUGCAUGAUGCCUGAAUGCCACACCAUCCCAUGCUUGCUGUCUCCAUGGUCCGAGUGGAGCGACUGCAGUGUGACCUGCGGGAAGGGCACGAGGACCCGCCAGCGCAUGCUCAAGUCCCUGGCGGAACUCGGGGACUGCAAUGAGGAACUGGAGCAGGUGGAGAAGUGCAUGCUGCCGGAGUGCCCCAUCGACUGUGAACUCACCGAGUGGUCCCAGUGGUCAGAAUGUAACAAGUCAUGUGGGAAAGGCCACAUGAUUCGAACCCGCAUGAUCCAAAUGGAACCUCAGUUUGGAGGUGCACCCUGUCCAGAGACGGUGCAACGCAAGAAAUGCCGCAUCCGUAAAUGCCUUAGAAAUCCAUCUGUCCAAAAGCUGCGCUGGAGGGAGGCCCGAGAGAGCCGGCGGAGUGAGCAGCUGCGGGAAGAGUCUGAUGGGGAGCAGUUCCCAGGCUGUAAGAUGCGCCCAUGGACCACCUGGUCAGAAUGCACCAAACUGUGCGGAGGCGGGAUUCAGGAACGCUAUAUGACUGUAAAGAAGAGGUUCAAAAGCUCCCAGUUUACCAGCUGCAAAGACAAGAAGGAGAUCAGAGCAUGCAACGUUCACCCUUGUUAGCAGGGAUACAAGUUCCCCAGGGCUUCACUCCAGAUUCCACAGUCACCAAUGAUUGAGUGGAUUGCUUGUUUAAGACUAUUUAAAUCAUGUCCUCUAGUUUCCAUUUUUGCAGUGUGGUUUGCCCCAUAGUCUUGUGGAUGCCAGGGACAUCCUUUCUGAAUAUUUCUUGGUGGGUACAGCCUGAGUAGGGACCCCUCACCCUCAGUCAGCCCUCUUCCUGCACUGAAGUGAGCAGUCACCUUGUACUAACUGAAGGGUGUCCCUGGGAGUACCCACAUGGCGGGAAGCCAUGUCUGGAAAGGACUGCGUACCUGGGUCCCAGGGUGUGGCAGGUAGGAAACACCCUUGUCAUCUUUGGCCAGGUCACUCUCUUGCAGAAAACUCUUUGCGCGUCUCUUUUCACUUAAUGGAACUUUGGUUCUCUGUUACUUCUCUUCAGUCAUCGUUACAUUCUUGGGGAAAAUGGUCAAGAGAAGCACUGAUGACAGAUGGCUUUUAUUCUUACACUGAAAAAUUCUGAAUGCAUUUAUCUCACCUCCUAAUACUGGUUCCUGGUACCCCAAAAGAAGAAAACGAUGGCUGUUUCAUUUAAAUAUAAUCAGUUCUUAUACCAGAGAUAAAGGGUACUAAAUGUAGAAGUAGUCUUUCCUUGCUUUUGUUUUCUGGUGCCCUAAUUCUCCUAGAAACACAGCUUUACGAACCUACCUUUCAGUAAUAGGUCCUUACUGGAACCAAGGCCAAAGCAGCAAAAUAGGCCUACUGUUCCAAACCUGAAUUUUAAGUUUUCAAAUCAGUUUUCUAACAAGAAAACUCCAAGUCUUCCCAAAAGCUCCCAAACAUCACUCCUUUAAUAAAAAAAAAAAA